AUGUCAAGUCAAGAGCAAGAUCAAUUGAUUGACCAAUUUGUUACGGUGACCAGUUCUUCUAAGAGUUUGGCCGAGCAAUACCUCGCAAGAAAUGAAAAUGAUUUGAUUAAUGCAAUUGAAGAUUACUAUGCCACAUCAUCAAAUACAGAGAAUCCGGGAGCAACCAGCUCGAAACCAAAAAAAGCAAAAGCGUCAGGAGGGGUCAGAACAUUUAGAGAUUUGAAUAGCAACGAAGAUGACGAUGAAGAGGAUAAGACAGAUACCAAUUUUUUUACGGGAGGUGAAAAGUCUGCCUUGCAGGUGGAAGACCCAAACAAAAAGGGCGAUAAAAAGAGUGAAAGAUCGAUAAUUGAUCAGAUUUUUCAACGAGCAAAGGAACAAAUGGACCAACCAGACGAUCGUCCAUCGGCACAUGAUGAUCAACAAGAAGAAGUACGUAAGUUCACCGGAACAGGUUUCAAGUUGGGCGGAGAGAACCAGCCAUCUGAGCAGGUUGUGGAUACGAGUAGUCGUUUGCCUAAAAAGCCCACCAAGGUCACCAGGGAGAUUACAUUCUGGAAGCAGGGAUUCACAGUCGGUGAAGGUGCCUUACAUAGAUAUGAUGAUCCAAGCAAUGCUAGUGUGUUACAGGAAUUGAACGCUGGUAGGGUUCCAAUGUCGUUGUUGGAUGUUGAAUUUGGUCAAGAUGUUGAUGUGAGUGUAUUCAAGAAGACCGAUGAAGAUUGGGUUCCACCUAAGAGGAAAGUAGGGGGAUUCGCAGGCCAAGGUCAAAGAUUAGGCUCUCCUGUGCCAGGAGAAUCCUGUGGUGGAUCACCAGCACCAGAAGCUGCAUCAGAGCCUACAAGAGAAACAAAACCAGACGAUCAAGGAGAAGGUGACUCUUUGGUUCAAAUUAGAUUUGCAAAUGGUAAAAAGGCUUCACACAAGUUCAAUUCAUCAGAUUCUAUUACCAAAGUCUAUGAAUUUGUAAGAUCCCACCCUUUCACUGAAUCUGGUAAGGUCUUCAUUUUGACUCAUGCUUUUCCAGUGAAGCCUAUAGAAGAAUCCAAUGAUAUAACUGUUGGAGAUGCUAAAUUAAAGAAUGCGGUGAUCGUCCAAAGGUGGAUAUGA